AUGCUCGGCAUCUUCCGUACGCGUCCCAAGCACACACGUUUGCCACAACAUGAUUCAGAAAGUCUGGAUAGCGACACGCUUCUGCCUUCGUCCUGCUCCGCGACAACCGAGGGUAAUAAGUCUGAGCAGCUAGAUCGAUACAGUCGCGAUGUUCAGAUUGCGGUGAGAACGCUUGCGAUAUGUACUAUUGUGUACCUAGGCGCGGCUUUGUGGGUAGUCUUCAGUGUUCAGAAGACUUCAUUUGUAGUGGAUCCUGAUGCAUUUUGCAUGCAUCAUGUUUCGAGAUACUGCGUAGCACCGGUCGUCAGAGACGUCAAUCCGAAUUGGCACACCGAGCUGUUCAAUGGUUCCUUCUUGCACGAGAAUGUCUAUCGACAGUCAGCGGGCCCAGAAGUUGAUGCCGCAUGGGAGGCUCUAGGCGUGGAUUAUCGCAGUAUAGUGAUUCGAUCGGAAGAGGCUGACGAAAUGGGACUGCGGCGCGAUCAGGUCAAGAUAAGUCAAGAAUAUGGCGGUGGAUUUCCCGCAAACGUGGAAGGACUGCACCAUUUGCAUUGUUUGAACCUCGUCCGUCAGGCGUUGCAUUGGAACUACGACUAUUAUCUUGCGAAGAAAGAGGGGCCGUUCGUCAACAGCGAGUAUAUUAUUCGUGUGCACACGACGCAUUGCUUGGACAUCCUAAGACAGGUGCUUAUGUGCAACCCUGACGUGGGGGUACUGGGCCAGGUGUGGUGGCAGCCAGACACUGAGCCAGAGCCAAUACCGUUUGUUGAUUUCAACACACGCCAUCGAUGCCGGGACUUUGAGGCGGUUCGAGCAUGGGCGGAGGCGCAUCAACUGCCUCCAGAGAAGGAGGUCAAUAUGAGCCACUUCUACGAACAGCCCGAGGCAGGAGACGUGGUCUACACUGAGCUCCCAUGA